AUGUUUAUGGGACCUGAUGUUUUGAAAGAAGUCAUUGAGAAAGCUGAGUUAUAUCCUAUAAAAGGGUUGUUCAGCUUCAGAGAUUAUUAUGAGGAGAUUGAUUCCUAUUAUCAUCAAACUCUUGGCUAUGAACUUGGGGUUUCAACUGGAUGGAUGGCAUUAAAUGAAUUAUACAAUAUCUGUGGUGGUAGUCCAUUGGCCAAGGCUUUAGACCAUGAAGUUGUGCCAGGAGAGCUGACCAUAGUAACUGGAGUGCCAAAUUCAGGCAAGAGUGAGUGGAUUGAUGCACUUUUAUGCAAUCUUAAUGAAAGGGUUGGUUGGAAAUUUGCACUUUGCUCGAUGGAGAACAAGUAUAUCCUGGCCUUGAGUCCGGCCCAACCAGACCAAGAGCAUCAGGAUGCUCUUAUUUUGAUUGGCCUGGCCCAUGGAAAGCCCUUUGUGUUUGUGGAAGGGGGGAGUCGACUGAACAUCUCAGCCAUUGGAGAGAAUUUCGCCGGCAUCCGAUUCUCAAUUCUUGUUCACCCCGGAUGA